CGUGUCAUUGUCGCGGGAAUUUAUAGAUAUAUCUAUGUCAAACUGGGCCUGCUUUCUACCUACCAGUUCUUUGUCUGUGGCAAUCAUCUUUCCCUUCCAAGGAUGCCGAUGCACGGGUCGCGUUGAUGGCUUCGCCCGCUUCUGAAGAUCACCGCGGCGACUGACCGGACGCACAAUGUCCUGAAUCGCCGUGGGGACUUCCUCUAGAUACAACCCUCACUCAGCUAUUUCUAGAUCGCUUGAUUAUUUACGUCAUUCCUGUGAUUUGUCUGCUUCAGCACAGUCCUCCACAAUGCUUACAGACCUACCCCCGGAGAUUAUCCAGCUCAUUGCAUGCUACCUCCCAUCUGCCAGUGCGCUGGUGAACCUGUCAAGGACUUGUCAACGCCUGCACCAGAUCGUUGCUGCAGAGAAUUGGCGCAUCUUCCGUGCCUUUGUCAAGACCAGGUUCCCCGGCGUUGGGACUCCGGAGAUCUGGAGAGAAGCUGCCCAGGCACUUACCUCCCGCUCUAGAGCGCUGGACAAACAUGCAGUCAUUGGGAGGUUUGUCGUUCCGGCUUCGGAGGCUGUCAAGGUCGGGUCACAUCAGUCUCUGCGAGGCGAUAACCCAACGCAUGGAUACCGUCCUGCCUUGUGUUCAUACGAAGUCUGGAAUAGCUCGGCCUGGAACGACCGAAAAGAAGUUCUUGCCUGGGGUGCAGCCGAUGAGCUAGUCCUGCGAAUCACACAGCCCAGCGCUGGCCCACAGGGAAAAUGGGUGGUUUUCAACGACCUGGACCACACCAGCAGCCACGAUGAUAUCUGCGGCGUCCACCUUUUGCGUCCCGAACACCGUGCUAAAGAACCCCAGAAUGAACAUAUCAUCUUUGCUCGAGUGCGCGGCGAGCUUUUCCAUCUCUCGAUCGACCCCGAUGGAGCUUCUCAUGAAUAUAAACAGCAGUUCAUGACAUCCGGACUAGGCAUUGAAAGCACUGAUCUGAGUUAUGGAGCGGACCCGAUCUUGUCUGCCCACUUGAGUAAUGGAUCGAUUGUCUUCUUCAGCACCACGUCUGAGGAGGAGAAAGUCCAGCCAUUCGCUCGUCUCAGUGUUGACCCCAGCACUGAUACUGGCAAUGCCGCUCGCAACAAAUACUCCAAGUUUCUCUCGCCCAGCCUAUUCGCGGUCAGCACAGGUCGGAUUCACGAUGCGAUUGCCAUUUCCACCGUUGCUCCAGAACGGCUAUCACUGGAGCGCGAGCUCAGCGUGGAGUUAGUGGAUUUCGAGAGACUCAACCUCCACACCCCCAUCAAAUCCAACGUCAAUGCCAUCGCUCCCCUCGAUUCCACCGGACAGGUUUUCCUCGCAGCAUGGGGUGACCGAGCCGUGAGACUGCACGACCUCCGCUCAGACAAGGAAUACGAAAAGGUCUACCGCGACACCACCGACCAAAACCCCAUUUAUUGCGUCCACCCCUUCGGGCACGACCGCUUCGUCGUCGGCGCCGGCGGCGAUGCCCUAGUCAAGAUCUUCGACCUCCGCAUGCCCAAGCAAGAAACAUACAGCUACCGCGACGCACGCCCUUCCCCAAUUCCCCGCAACAAACCCAUCCUAGAUAGCCUCUCUAAUCUAUCCCUCACCUCUACCACCAAUUCUUCCAGCAUCACCUAUCCCCGCAAAGACAUAUCAGUCUUCCUCUCCGCCCAACCCCCCACCAGCCGCACCCGAGCCCGCAAUCAAAGCACCCGUUCCUACCGCGGCGCAAUCUAUAGCAUGACCUCCCCUUCCCCCUCCUCAUCAACCAUCUACACCGGCGUCGCCGACGGCGUCGUAAGACUCGACUUCACCUCCACCGAUGACCUCAAUGGCCCUUGCAAAAACUGGUACCGUGACCCGCUCUCCAUCGACCUGAACACGCACAGCCGCGCCCGCCGCGCAGACAGAAUCCUCGAGUUAUCAGGUUACGAGCGUCCCGAGAACACGACUGCCUCUAUAACCUUGCGCACGCAGCAGACAUUUCGCUCUAUCGGGGACGAUGACCUCGUGAGUGAACAGGUCACGGGAUGGGAUCGUCGCUGGCAAAGACUCGAGAAGCCGGGUGCUUGGAGGCGGGCCGAUCAAAUGUAGUAUCCUAUCCUGUCUUCGUCGUGGGUUCCGAUCUGGGUUGAAAUACCAUGCCUCGGCCGGCUAGAUAUUUGAUGUUGGGAUCAGGUUCUGGGAGCGCUUCACGUUCAGAUACGAUCUACGGUGGUUAUAGUCAUGGAUAUGGAUGUACAUUACACUGAAAUAAU